AUGGUUAAAAUUGAUAAACUUCUCAUUUUGAUGCCUUUAGCAUUCUUUAGUGCUGCACAAUCUGUGUCGUUCAACUGUAAAUAUAAUAAGAGCAUUUGGAACACAGUUUUGGGCUCAAUUUAUUGGUGCAAUGUCCAAAAUUUGGUCAGCAUAACUUCAAAUGAUGGAGCAGACAUUGAUGACAUAACUGGAACUCAUACAAUUGGCCACAUCUACCACAAUGUCGAGGGUUUUUAUAUUUCAAAUUUGGGACAAACUCAUUAUUUUCCACGUGGACUUAACAACUUCUUUAAGUAUAUUAAAGGAAUUCUUAUAACCGGCACUGGACUAAAGGAAAUCCAUCAAAAUGACUUGAAAGUCUUUCCAAAAUUGAAGGAUCUUCAUCUACAUUCAAGUAAUUUGGAAGUUUUAGAAAAGGAUUUAUUUGAGUUCAAUCCAAAUUUGGAAUUAAUCAGCUUAAAUUCCAACAAAAUCAGCCACAUUGAUCCGAAUGUAUUUGACAAAUUGAGAAAGUUAAAGUAUUUGUUUCUUCAAUCUAACUUGUGCAUUAACAUGGCAGCUGUAAGUGGCUCAACACAAGUCCAAAAUGUCAUCAAAGCAGCAAAAGAUAAAUGCACAAAUUCAGAGUUUGCAGAUUUAGAGCAAAAAGUCAAAAGUCUCGAGGUUGAGUUGAACUUAGUUAAGCUUGACAGUUUGGACAGUGAAGUUAAAAAGUCAAAAUUUGCCAACUUUUUCAAAGACAAGGUUCAGGUUUUAAAGGAUAGAAAGGAGAUUGCUACAUCAACAGAAGGUCCAAAGAAAAUGCAAAAUAUCAAUUUUGAGACAUGCUCAGCGAUAAGCUUCAAAGUUGAUCACAUUUCAGCUACCAUGAAUGGAUUGAUGAUCAGAUCUAAGUCCUUUGAAGACAAAGUUGAAGACAUAAUCCAAAAAGCUUCAACAUUCAGUCAAGACACGACCACAACAUUAAACAACAUUGAGUCAUCAAAUAAUCAGAAUUUUGCAGCAAUUGUGACUUUAAUUGAGGAGUUUGGGAAGAAAAUGGAAGCAAUUGAGGCAAAACUUGCAGGAAUUGACAGCGUCCAGGUAAAGUUGAUGAACAAGAUCCACAAAAUGGAGUCUGAAAAUCAUGAUAAUAAGCUAGAAAUCAACCAAAGGUUGAAGGCUAUCUUAAAUUCAGUUUAAAACUUAUUUUUUUGCUGUUUCACACCAAAAAACAUUUAUUUUCACUCAAAAUAUUCAAAUUACAGUAAAUAAAGC